UGGUGAUAAGGAAGACAUGCCAAAUGACCGAACGUUGGUCAUAGAUUCCAUGUCCCCAUACUUCAUUCAAUCCGGUGAUAAGCCCGGAGAUGUUUUUGUCACUUCGCUUCUGCGAGAUGGAAAUUAUGGAGAUUGGCUCGAUGAGAUGAGCAAUGCCUUAUAUGCCAAGAACAAAUUUGGAUUCGUCAAUGGUGAUAUUCCGAUGCCAGAGUCUGGCUCCCCGUAUCUACCGUAUUGGAAACGAGCUAAUGCUAUGGUUAAAGGUUGGCUUAAUAGUAGUAUGGAGCUUGAAUUAAGGCAAAGUGUGAAGUUCAAAACGGCACGAGAAAUUUGGGAAGAUCUAGAGGAACGCUUCGGCAAGGAAAGUGCACCCCGUGUCUACGAGCUACGCACGUUACUUGGCGAGACUCGACAAGACGGCCAGUCUAUAUCGGCCUACUUUAGCCGGCUACGCCGUAUAUGGGAUGAAAUGACAUCUCUUUGUAAAACUCCAAGUUGUUCAUGCGGCAAAUGCAUGUGCAACAUUACAAAGCAGAUUAAUGAAGCUCGUGACAAAGACCAUCUUUACGAUUUUCUUAUGGGCCUGGAUGACUAUUAUGGUCAACUCAAGAGCCAUAUUCUAGCAACACGUCCGCUACCAAGCCUGACAACUGCGUACCAUUUGAUAUCUGAAGGAGAACAGCAUCGGCUAAUUGCCACCUCACGCAAGACAGGGAUCGAAGCAUCUGCUUUCCAAGCCCAAGCAAAAUUAAUCCCUGAAGCUAAUCGGAAAAUAGGCGGAAAAGACGGACGACACUGUUCACAUUGCGGCAGAACAAAUCACACCCAGGACACGUGCUUCGAGAUCAUUGGGUAUCCUGCUGGGUGGAAUGUCCGCAGCAGAGAAGGAAAAUCCCAAGGGGGUCGAUCUGGUGACAGUCGCUUGCUUUGAUCUCAGGAUCGCUCCAAAAAUUCACAAAACCGGACUGUAGGGCCACCUCGUGCGGCGCACGUUGACCAAGUUGAAAACCAUUUCUCUGGUUUAUCAAACGACCAGCUCCAACGUUUGGUACAGAUCGUGCGUGAAGAAUUUUCAAAGGGGUCCAAUUCUGAAACAACUCCCAAGCAAGUGAACAUGGCAGGUAACGUGAAUUUCCAACCAACGUGGAUACUAGACUCGGGUGCGACGGAACAUAUCACGUGUGAUAGAACACUUCUUACCGACAUCAUGGCAAACCCGUCGGAGUCCCCCGUCCGAAUACCUAACGGUGAAGUUGUCCCGGUGCACUCUAUUGGCCUUACCCUCGAGGAAGCCGAUUGGAGUAGGUAGAUUUUACAACGGCCUAUACUAUUUGGAGCCAUUCACUGAUGAGCGGGUGGCAAUGUUGGUAUCAACGCGGGCUGAGGUAUGGCAUCAUCGUCUUGGUCACGCCCCUGAUGACAGACUCCGUCACAUCACUCUCUUGCAAGGCUUCCAAAGACACUCUAAUUUUUGUGAUUCUUGUAUUCGGGCGAAACAAACUCGUCUGCCUUUUUUUCGUAGCGCUAUUAAAACAAAGCACAGUUUUGAUUUAAUUCAUUGUGACAUCUGGGGAGGCUACAGGUGUAGUUCCUUCACUGGCGCCCGUUAUUUUCUUUCAAUUGUUGACGACUUUACCCGAGGUGUUUGGGUUUAUCUUAUGAAAAAUAAAUCUGAUGUGGGG